GAAGGAGAAGACGGAGGAAACGCAGACCUCAGACCAGCCCACUUCGCCUCACUGUCCUUUCUUUCUGCUCCCGGUGUCCGUAGACAAAUCUGACCGGGGAUCAGCGCACUCGGGUUCCCUCCACAGUCAGUCGCACCAACUGGGACUCCAGAGGAAAUCGUGUUCGUCGUCAGCCAAGUCCGCACGCUCGAGACACAUCCAUAGCAGCCCACGGCGAGGGGAACGGACGGUGUGACGAGAAGGGACUAAAAACCAACCGCUGGCAGAAACAACAGAGGGCUUUAACGCAAAACAACACAUUUAGCGGCGAGAGGAGAGAAGACUGCCUGCUCCGAGGAGAAGUAGCAACCUACGCGGAGCUAAUUUUUCCAACAUUUUCUAUUAUUGGCUGCGAGAGUGUGCUCUCCCCGAGCCACAUUUAUAAAGAGAGCUAGCGGAAUGUAAUGCUAGCAAGCUAGCUAAUUUUAGCUAGCUAAUUAGCUUGUCAGGCAUCCAAGACUCGGACGGGAUCUUUAUUAAAAUAGGUCACGGUUUGGCGUCGUUGGACUUUUUUUUGGGGGGGGGAAACAGCUGUACGUAAUUAGCUUUGUCCAGAAUCCUGGCAUGGUCAUAAUGUUCUGUCUCGAAUAGCUAACGCCAAGUUAGACAAUAAACAGGACCAGCUGCCCACAUUGAUGUAAACCAGUUUGGCAUUAUCCGUCUACGCUUUUUUUGUUGUUGGGAAAAGCCAAAUCUUUUGUGAAUAUCAAGGUGUGGACGAAUCAAACGAAAAGGUACAAAACAAGACUUUUGACUGUUGACUGCCGUCCAAUGUUAAUGUCGACCGACGUUGCAUCUAUAAUGAUACCCGUUAGUCGGGGAAUAAUGGAAAGAGACAUUGAUACGACAGCCGGACCCCUUGCAAACGCGGCCGGGGGUCCAGCAGCUGUCCGGGGGAUGAAGCGAGGAGACCCGGAGCCCGACGCUCAAACAGCAGCUGCCCUGACGGACUUUGCCGUGGCGGAGUGCAAAAGACCCAGGAUAGACGGAACCGGGAGUGUUGUUGGUGAUAUUGGACAGAACAAUGAGCCUUUAAACCCCGGUUUCCAUGGAUACCCUCCCCACAGUCAGGGCUCUCAGGAUUCAACAGGAGGACAGGAGGGAUUGGUGGCCCCGCCCUUUUCACCGUUCCCCCCUCCACCCCCUCCUCAAAACGGGCUAGCAGGGACAGAGUUUGUCCCAGGGGCCAUGUUUGGUGGUGGAGGCCAAGGCCCAGCAGAGUUAGGGGCUGGUGCUAAUGGAGCCCCCACCAACACCACCACCAACAACAACGGAAAGACAGAGGAGGGGUCCCAGGGUGAGGCGGGCCUACAGUGCGGCACAGGAGGCUCAGGAUCUGGGGGCUCUGUGGGAGACCCCUCCGAGGCCAAAGGGACCCCCAAACGCCUCCACGUCUCAAACAUCCCCUUCCGCUUUCGGGACCCUGACCUCAGGCAGAUGUUUGGGCAAUAUGGGAAGAUCCUGGAUGUAGAGAUUAUUUUCAAUGAGAGAGGAUCAAAGGGUUUUGGCUUUGUGACAUUUGAGACCAGCGCAGACGCAGAGAAAGCCAGGGAAAAGCUCCACGGCACAUUGGUGGAAGGUCGUAAGAUUGAGGUGAAUAAUGCCACGGCCAGGGUGAUGACCAACAAGAAAAUGGUCAGCCCCUACCCUAAUGGAGAGGCUCUCAGCACGCUGCCUUAUGCGGGGUGGAAGUUGAGUCCUAUGAUGGGGGCCGUGUACGGACCAGAGAUCUACGCAGUCCCAGGGUUUCCCUAUCCUUCAGCAGCGGCAGCGGCCACCACAGCAGCCGCCGCCUUCCGCGGUGCCCACCUCCGGGGCCGGGGCCGGCCGGUCUACAGUGCUGUGCGGGCUGCCGUGCCUCAGCCUGCCAUCCCGACCUACCCCGGACUAGUGUUUCAGGACUCAGUCCUUAGUCCCAGAUUGCCUCAGGGAGGCUACCCUGCCGCUGCUGCUGCUGCUGCCGCCGCCGCUUAUCGCUAUGCCCAGCCGGCCGCCGUAACCGGAGCAACCGCCGCAGCUGCCGCCUACAGCGACAGUUACGGCCGGGUGUACACUACAGAUCCCUACCACGCUUUAACUCCUGCCGCUGCCGCUUACGGAGUGGGAGCAAUGCAGCAAUCAUUGUCUGUAGAAGGACUCAUGGCACUGCAAGCCAGUUUAUACCGGGCAGGAUACAGUAGGUUUGCUCCUUACUAAAAACCCACAAAUCACACCCGAGGAAUUUCACACCGCUCCAAAAACCCUUUUUCAAGCUCUUUGUUUGGCAGCAGCUCCCCUCCAUUUUUUUCUGCAGGCGGACUAUAGUGACAACUUUUGUGUUUUGUUUUUGUUUUCUUAUAUAUAUAUAUAUUUUUUUUUUCCCCUGUGGCAAGAGCGAGAUCAUAUGCCACCUCAUCAACUCAAACUCUUGUUUCUGUACUCCUCUGUCUGUCGCCGACACGGAAAAGAUAACAAAACUGCCAGGAGUGUCUCCCCCAUAAAAAGCCGGAGUCUGCUACUUUGAACUACGGGGCACAAACAGGACGGUUUUUAAAACACUACGGGACCUGGACGGAGAGAGACUGCUGUUCCUGUGUGAUCCUGCACACCCUUUUUUUUCCGUUCUUUUUUUUGUUCCUAUAAGUUUCUGAACUUACCGUACAUCCACUGCCCUAUAAGACCUAGUCAGACCUAUGUACACACACACUUACAUUGAACACUAAGUAUACGGUUUCCCCCUUUCUUUUAGUGUUGGCCUGCACACAAUGAUGCCACAGCACAGCGUCACUAUAAAAGGUACUCAUGUUUUUAAACACUACAUUGACGCCAAGCUACAGCCCUGUACAGCAGAGACGUCCCUCUGGUUUAGCAUCGUGGUGUAAUAAUGAAACUCGGACUGCUUAAUACGGAAGAUGUAGGAAUUAUUCUUGUCCUGUCGUUUUGCAAAAGCCGGGAUACCGAAACAUUCAGCCGGAGGGAAUUGGGAGCAUCUGACUGACAAAAAAACCCACAAAAAACAGCAUGGGAAUUUUUUUUUUUUUUUUUUU